AACUGAAAAUUGCAAAGCUUUUUCUUUUACAAAGCUUUUAACUUCUUAAAGACACUCCUAAACUGCUCCUUAAAGUUUCAGAGCAAAAUGGCCACCAUGCAAUCUCUUGUAGCUAGCACAUUUUCAUAUGCUGCUUCAAGGAAUAGAACCACUCUAGAGUUACCUAAGACGUUGUACAGGAAUAGCACUCAUUUGUCCAUGAGAGUUAGAUGCAUGGCCGAGGAUGGUGAAAAGGAGCCGUUAACGCCUAUUACAGAGUCGCCACCACCACAAGCAAAGCCAGCAGCGCCUUCUCCUCCAAAGCCAAAGAUGAGCACAAGAUUCACAGACGUGUUGGCAUUCAGUGGGCCAGCACCGGAGAGAAUCAACGGUAGGCUAGCAAUGGUUGGGUUCAUGGGGGCGAUGGCAAUGGAGCUAUCGAAGGGUCAGGAUGUGUUUGCUCAGAUAAGCAACGGUGGAGGGUCGUGGUUCGUGGGAACGAGCAUAGUGCUCACACUGGCUUCAUUGGUACCCCUUUUCAAAGGGGUGAGCGUGGAGUCCAAGUCCGAUGGAGUUAUGACCUCCGACGCCGAGCUCUUGAACGGCAGGGUUGCCAUGGUGGGAUUGGUUGCCCUGGCUCUCACUGAAUACGUCAAGGGCGGGACCAUUGUCUAAGCUCUUUAUCUUUAUUCACUUUUCAUUACUUUUGGCUACAAAGAAAGAUAUGUAAAGUUUCAUUUAAUACAUACAUUAAACAUUUUUGUCUA